CUUUCCACUUCAAGAGAAUGGCUAGUCUACUGUGGCUUGCUCACGUUCUGUGCUUCUUUUUGUUUCACUUGCAUUUUCAAGCUUCUUCUCUAUCUUUUUCUUUUAAUUCCUCCUCUGCUGCCAUGCUGUGCCAGCAUGACCAGAGUCUUGCCUUGCUCCAAUUCAAGAAAACCUUUUCCAUCACAAGUGAUGCCUCUUCCUGGGAUUUCCCUUACCCCAAGCCUUAUCCAAAGACUGAGUCUUGGAAAGAGGGCACGGAUUGCUGCUGGUGGGAUGGGGUCACUUGCGACAUAGAAACGGGUAAUGUAAUUGGCCUUAACCUUUCUUCUAGCUUGCUCUAUGGUACCAUCCAUUCUAAUAAUACUCUUUUCUUCCUUCCUCAUCUCCAAAAGCUUGACCUUUCUAACAAUGAUUUCAACCGCUCUCAAAUUGUACCUCAGUUUGGCCAGUUUUUGAAUUUAUCAUAUCUUAACCUAAACUACUCUGUUUUUGAGGGCCGAAUUCCACUAGAAAUUUCUUAUCUGUCUGGUUUGGUUUCGCUUGAUCUUUCUAGGAACAAUUAUUUAACACUUGAAGCCACUACUUUUAAUGAGCUUGUUCAUAACUUAUCCCAGUUACGGGAUUUAGACUUGAGUGAAGUAAACAUGUCUUUGGUUGCACCUAGUUCCUUGAUGAAUUUGUCUUUUUCUUUGACAUCUCUCAAUCUCCAUUCUUGUUCAUUGGAAGGCAAAUUCCCAGAUAUCAGUCAUCUAUCUGUACUGAUUUCACUUGAUCUUUCUGAUAACUAUGAUUUGAUACAAGAAAGCACUUAUUUUAAAAAGCUUGCUCAAAACCUAACCCAGUUACAAGAAUUGGACUUGAGUGGUGUAAACAUGUCUUUGGUUGCACUUAGUUCCUUGAUGAAUUUGUCUUCUUCUUUGACGUCUCUUAAAAUAAGCAGAAGCCAAUUGCAUGGCAAAUUCCCAGAUAUCAGUCAUCUAUCUGUACUGGUUUCACUUGAUCUUUCUGAUAACUAUGAUUUGAUACAAGAAAGCACUUAUUUUAAAAAGCUUGCUCAAAACCCAACCCAGUUACAAGAAUUGGACUUGAGUGGUGUAAACAUGUCUUUGGUUGCACUUAGUUCCUUAAUGAAUUUGUCUUCUUCUUUGACGUCUCUUAAAAUAAGCAGAAGCCAAUUGCAUGGCAAAUUCCCAGAUAUCAGUCAUCUAUCUGUACUGGUUUCACUUGAUCUUUAUGGUAACUAUGAUUUGAUACAAGAAAGCACUUAUUUUAAAAAGCUUGUUCAAAACCUAACCCAGUUGCAAGAAUUGGACUUGAGUGGUGUAAACAUGUCUUUGGUUGCACCUAGUUCCUUGAUGAAUUUGUCCUCUUCUUUGACGUCUCUUAAACUAAGCAGAAGCCAAUUGCAUGGGAAAUUCCCAGAUAUCAGUCAUCUAUCCAAAUUGGUUUCAUUGGUCCUCACCCACAACAAAUUUAAUGGUGAGAUUCCCUCCUCAUUUGGAAACCUUAAACAGCUUCAUACUUUGAGCCUCCGCAACAACAGUCUCAGUGGUCAAAUUCCAUCCUCACUUGGAAGCCUUAACAACAGCAAUCUCAGUGGUCAAAUUUCAUCCUCACUUGGAAGCCUUAAGGAACUCACUUCAUUGGUCCUCUCCGACAACAAAUUUAAUGGUGAGAUUCCCUCCUCAUUUGGAAACCUUAAACAGCUUCAUAAUUUGCGCCUCCGCAACAACAGUCUCAGUAGUCAAAUUCCCUCCUCAUUUGAAAACCUUAAACAUUAUCUACUUUUGGACCUCGGCAACAACAAUUUCAGUGGUCAAAUUUCAUCCUCACUUGGAAACCUUGAGGAACUCUUUAAAUUGGAUCUCUCCUAUAACAAUUUUAAUGGUGAGAUUCCCUCCUCAUUUGAAAACCUUAAACAUCUUCUAAUUUUGGACCUCAGCAACAACAAUCUCAGUGGUCAAAUUUCAUCCUCACUUACGAGGCUUAAAGUCGUCUUAUCAUUGGAUCUCUCCUAUAACAAUUUUAAAGGUCCCAUCACUUUCCAAGGAAGCAGGCUCUCAAGUUUUGUGUACCUCGAUUUAUCCAACAACUUGUUACAUGGCCGAAUUCCAAGUUCAAUUUUCAAACUUGUGUACUUGAGUGUUCUUAUUCUUUCAUCCAACAAAUUGAUAGGAGAAGUCUCUUCUGCAGUUUGCGAGUUAAAUUCUCUUGAAAUUCUUGACCUGUCAAACAAUAGUUUGAACGGCUCCAUGCCACAAUGUUUGGGAAAUUUCAGCAACAAUCUUUCAGUAUUGCACUUGGGCAUGAACAAAUUCCAUGGAACCAUCCUUGAAACGUUUUCAGUAGGCAGCAACUUGAGAUAUUUGAACAUCAAUGGUAACCAAUUGCAAGGGAGAAUCCCACCUUCCAUCUCCAAUUGUAUAAAUUUGGAAAUUUUAGAUCUUGGAAACAAUAAUAUAGAUGACACAUUCCCCCAUUUUCUGGAAACACUUUCGAAGCUACAAAUUCUAAUUCUAAAAUCCAAUAAAUUUCAUGGUUUGGUGAAAGGGACCUCUGCCAAUUAUUCAUUCCCAAAGCUACGAAUUUUUGACCUCUCCAACAACAUGUUUAGCGGACCUCUACCUGCGGAGUAUUUCAACAAUUUCAAGGCAAUGAUGAUCUUUGAUUUGAAUAUGAAAUACAUGGGGGCGCCAAAUGAUUCUUCUUAUGAUUAUUCUGUGAGUCUGACACUCAAAGGCUUAGAGAUUGAGUUGGUGAAAAUCCAAACACUUCUUACAUCCAUUGAUUUGUCGGGCAAUAAAUUCACAGGGGAAAUCCCACAGUCAAUUGGAAAACUUAAAUCACUUAAGUUGCUCAACUUAUCUCACAAUCAACUCACAGGCAAUAUUCAACCAUCAUUGGGGAAUUUGAGAAAUUUGGAAUCAUUAGACCUCUCUUCAAAUCUUCUUGUUGGAAGGAUUCCAAUGCAAUUGACAUAUUUGACAUUUUUGGAAGUGUUUCGGGUUUCACAUAAUCAACUUGAAGGACCUAUACCUGAAGGAAAGCAGUUCAAUACAUUUGAUAGCACUUCAUAUGAAGGAAAUUUGAGAUUGUGUGGACUUCCACUAGAAAAAUGUGACAAUGGGGAGAGGAAAAAACCAACAACAUCAAAGGAAGAUGAUUCCAAGUCUAAAAAUGGAUUUGGAUGGAAAGCUGUAUUGGCAGGGUAUGGAUGUGGAGUAAUAUUUGGUGUUGUAAUGGGAUAUGUUGUGUUUAAAACAAGAAAACCUACAUGGUUUGUGAGGAUGGUUGAAGGUGAAGGGCAUCGAAAGCCAAAAAGAUUUAGCAAUUAA